UGUCGCGCUACAACGCUUCUCAUUGAAAACAGUUCGUUGGAAAAACCUACACUUUUUAAAUGAAUUUUAAAGAGCUAAAUUCUGUCAUGUUUCUGAAAAUAGAGUUAGAUUAACUCUAGCAUCUGCAGCUCUCGGCAAAACUCAUUUCAGGGAGGCGUAAGAGAGAUACCAGAGUAUUCUCUGUGGACAGUGAUGUAAAUAGAGAGCGUUGGGUAAACAGAGACUGAGGAGGUAAAUAGUUCUGUCUCUUUAAGUUGGUGUCAAAGCCGAUUAGCGCUGAUCUCGGUCGUGAUUCUGUUGUACCGUCUGUUCACUGGAUCUAUUUUUGUUUUACGUCGGUGCGCGCAUUUUAGACAUUUUUUUUAAAUAUAUAUGUAUUUGUUGACUUUCUGAAGCGUAUUUUUGCUUGCUUUGUUACCCGCGCACUCCUUUAGGACAUCGCUGUGCGUAAUUACGCGUCACUCGCGUCUGGAAUCUCCUUUACGCACAGCAUCAGCGCUUUCGGCUGGACUUUAGAUCAUCAUCUCUGGCUGCUGUGUGUAAGGAGGAGGAUGAUGACAAUGGGUUCAGUGUGACAGUCAGGGCUGUAAGAUGCAGAAGAGCGUGCGUUAUAAUGAAGGGCACGCGCUCUAUCUGUCCAUAGUCGCGCGUAAAGAGGGAAUCAAACGUGGGUUCUUGAGUAAAAAAGCAGCAGAAAACAACCGCUGGAACGAAAAGUACUUCGCGCUUUACCAGAAUGUGCUGUUUUACUUUGAGAACGAGCAGAGCACCAGACCAUCAGGGAUUUAUUUGCUGGAGGGAUGCACCUGCGAGAGGAUCCCGGCUCCCAAAGUGUCCACCGUUGGGAAAGAGAGUUCAGAUAAACAGCAGUAUUACUUCCUGGUGAUUUUCGGCCAUGAUGGGCAGAAACCUCUGGAGCUGCGGACAGAAGAGGAUGCUGAUUGUAAUGAGUGGGUGGAGGCCAUUCAACAGGCCAGUUAUUCAGACCUCAUCAUCGAGCGGGAAGUUCUCAUGCAGAAAUACAUCCAUCUGGUGCAGAUCAUGGAGACGGAAAAGGUGGCAGCAAAUCAGCUGCGGACACAACUGGAAGACCAGGAUACAGAGAUCGAGAGACUGAAGGCAGAGAUUGUCGUUCUGAAUAAAACAAAAGAGGGAAUGUUGCCCUAUGAGUCCAAUCAAGAGGAAGAAGAUCCAGAUAUCAAGAAAAUCAAGAAGGUGCAAAGCUUCAUGCGUGGUUGGCUGUGCAGGAGGAAGUGGAAGAUCAUCGUGCAGGACUACAUCUGCUCACCUCACGCCGAAAGCAUGAGAAAGAGAAACCAGAUAGUCUUUAACAUGGUGGAGGCCGAGACGGAGUAUGUGCUCCAGCUCUCCAUUCUGGUCAACUGCUUCCUACGGCCGCUCAGGAUGGCGGCCAGCUCCAAAAAACCCCCCAUUAGUCAUGACGAUGUCAGCAGCAUCUUCCUUAAUAGUGAGACGAUAAUGUUUCUCCAUGAGAUAUUCCAUCAAGGCUUGAAGGCUCGGAUAGCCAACUGGCCAACCUUAGUGUUAGCCGAUCUCUUCGACAUCUUGCUGCCGAUGCUGAACAUUUAUCAGGAGUUUGUGCGAAACCAUCAGUACAGUUUGCAGGUUCUGGCGAACUGUAAACAGAACCGGGACUUUGACAAGCUUCUGAAGCAGUAUGAAGCAAACGCCGCCUGUGAGGGCCGAAUGCUGGAAACCUUCCUCACCUACCCCAUGUUUCAGAUCCCGCGGUACAUCAUCACCCUUCACGAGCUCCUCGCCCAUACGCCUCAUGAACAUGUGGAGCGCAAGAGUCUGGAAUUUGCCAAAUCCAAACUUGAGGAACUGUCCAAAAUGAUGCACGAUGAAGUGAGUGACACAGAAAACAUUCGUAAGAAUCUGGCGAUCGAGCGAAUGAUCGUGGAGGGCUGUGAUAUUCUGCUGGACACCAGUCAGACGUUUGUACGGCAGGGCUCUCUGAUUCAGCUGCCCUCCGUGGAGAAGGGUAAACUGAGUAAGGUGCGUCUGGGCUCGCUGUCACUCAGGAAAGAAGCUGAACGCCAGUGUUUCCUGUUCACCAAACACUUCCUCAUCUGCACACGCACCUCGGGUGGCAAACUGCACCUGCUCAAACAGGGAGGCAAGUUGUCACUGAUCGAGUGUACGCUUAUCGAGGAGCUGGACGCCAAUGAUGAAGACUAUAAUGCUGCUGGUCAGGGAUUCAACCAUCUGGAGUUUAAAAUAGUGGUUGAACCUGCUGAUGGUCCGUCGUUUUCAGUCGUUCUGCUUGCUCCGUCUCGGCAGGAGAAAGCAGCCUGGACCAGCGACAUGAGCCAGUGCAUUGACAACAUUCGCUGCAAUGGCUUGAUGACCAGCGUGUUUGAGGACAACUCCAAAGUCACCGUACCUCACAUGAUCAAGUCUGACGCCCGACUGCAUAAAGACGAUGUAGACAUCUGCUUCAGUAAGACGCUGAACUCCUGCAAGGUGCCACAGAUCCGUUACGCCAGCGUGGAGAGACUCCUGGAACGACUGACUGACCUGCGCUUCCUGUCCAUCGACUUCCUCAACACCUUCCUCCACACCUACCGCAUCUUCACCACCGCUGCUGUUGUGAUGGACAAACUGGCUGACAUCUACAAGAAACCCUUCACGUCUAUACCUGUCAGGUCCCUCGAGCUUUUCUUCGCCACAAACCAAGGCCCCUGGAGCGGAGAGCACCUGAACAACAAAUCCCCCCGUCUGUCUCGCAAGUUCUCCUCUCCUCCGCCCGUCUCCAUCCCCUCGCGCACCUCUUCCCCCAUCCACUUGCGGAAGCUGUCCCUCAGCUCUCCUGUGAGCUGUAAGGGUGGAGCUCUGGACCUGUCGACGGCCACUUCUUCUGCGGCCAGCAGCCCAACGUCUCCCUACACCCCCCUCAUCACCUCCCCUCCACCCACCUGCACCAGGGCCCCUCUGGACCUCAGCCGGGGCCCCAGCUCCCCCGAGCUCAGCCCCUCCACCCCAGAGGAGAGCGGGGAGCUGCCGCGUAUCGACGCCUUCUGUGGGAAGCUGCGACGGAGUAUACGACGAGUUGUACUGGAGUCAGUUUCAUUGGAUAAGUUCAUUCCUGAGACACCCACGUCCAGUGAUUCGGGAGACAUGUCUCCAUGCCGUUCACCGUCCACCCCGCGACACCUCCGCUACCGACCACCUGCAGGUCAGUCUCCCGAUAGCUCCCGCUGUGCCGUGUCCCCCGCGUCCGCCUUCGCCAUCGCCACCGCCGCAGCUGGACACAGCAGCCCGCAAGGAUUUACAAACCCUGAGAAAUCCUACGACAAGGAGUUCCUCAUCCGCCGGGCCGCCACCAACAGGGUGCUCAGUCUGCGCCACUGGGUUUCCAAACACUCGCAGGACUUUGAGAUGAACGCAGAGCUGACGAUGGCUGUGAUCGCUCUGCUGGAGGAGGUGCUGCGCGAUCCAGAUCUUCUGCCGCAGGAGAGGAAGGCCGCAGCUAACAUAUUGAGUGCACUUUCUCAAGAAGAACAAGAUGAUUCACAGCUGAAGAUUGAGGACAUUGUGCAAAUGUCCGACUGUCCGAGAGUCGAAUGCUUUGAGUCACUGUCGGCGAUGGAACUAGCAGAACAAAUCACUCUACUGGACCAUAUUGUGUUCCGGAAUAUUCCUUAUGAGGAGUUUCUUGGUCAAGGUUGGAUGAAAACGGACAAAAACGAAAGGACUCCAUACAUUAUGAAGACCAGUCAGCACUUCAAUGAUAUGAGUAAUCUGGUAGCGUCUCAGAUCAUGGUUCAUGCAGACGUGAGCUCCAGAGCCGCAUCUAUUGAUAAGUGGCUGGCCGUGGCUGAUAUAUGUCGCUGUCUCAACAACUACAACGGCGUGUUAGAGAUCACAUCCGCUCUUAACCGCAGUGCCAUCUACAGGCUAAAGAAAACAUGGGCCAAGGUUUGCAAACAGACCAAGGCACUUAUGGACAGACUGCAGAAGAUAGUUUCAUCUGAAGGGAGGUUUAAGAACCUGAGGGAAACUCUGAAAAACUGUAACCCUCCGUGUGUACCCUAUCUGGGGAUGUACCUGACGGAUUUGGCGUUUAUCGAGGAAGGAACGCCCAACUUCACAGAGGAGGGUCUCGUCAACUUCUCUAAAAUGAGGAUGAUCUCACACAUAAUACGAGAGAUCCGACAGUUUCAGCAGGCGCCCUACAGGAUUGAUCUGCAACCCAAGGUAACACAGUUCCUCCUCGACAAGACUCUUGUAAUGGACGAGGACACACUUUAUGAAUUAUCUCUUAAGAUUGAGCCAAGACUCCCUCCCGCCAACUAAACCUGAUGAUAUUGUUUACAACCAGACUCAGAUAUCAAGUAAGAACCUUUUUAUCGUCAGUUUGUGGAAAUCUAAACUUACAUCUGAACUGAAGUCUGUCCACUAUAGAAACGACAACCUAUCCAUACAUUUAUUUAAUUCCAUAUAAUUUUGUAUCAUCUUUUUUUUUGCUGUAAACUCAGGUUUAAAUGUGCCUUUUUGUCAAUAUCAUGUACUGUUAUAAUAUUUCAUAGUGCAUAUUUCUAGCAUGAUGCAUUUUAAUAACAAUUUGAUAAUCUCUCUUUUUACCUGAAUGCACAAUAUUAGUUCCAUUUUUAAAGUCUGAUCAUUCCUUUACUAUAAUGAGAAUUUGUAUGCGUGCAAACUUGUGUUCAGAUGUCAAAAAUGUGUGUGAUUGUUCGCUGGUCCAAUUUUGACAAGCAAGUUUCUCAGUCAGUCUGCCCGCAUGUAUGACAGUCAUGUCAGCACUUUGAUCCACUGGAGUUCGCUGAAAUGUCAAAGCUCAACCAAGCACGUUUACGGUUUACCAAAAGAAAUAUAUUUUUACAUUUGUCAUUUGUUAAUAUUAGGUGUCAUCUGUUUACACAGCAUGUUGCAAUGAGGCUGCAUUUGCUCAUUUAGCAUGUUUCUGUUUGUAGAACUUUUUGCUAUUUUCUGGCAUGUGUUUGCAUGAAUCUGUACUUAAUCAUAUUCUUAAUUCUUUAAAAAUUUUUGUCUCUAACUUUUGGAUUAACAAUAGCAGAUUCGAAGCAUUUGUUACAUAUAUUCUACACUUCAGAAAUACUGUGAUGGUACCAUGAUACAGUGAUGUUAAUACUAAGGUACUUUUGUAUUGAUUAUUACCAUAUCUGUGUACUAUGGUAUUAUACACCAUACUGUUAUGUGCAGAAAAGAUACUUUUUGGCUGAUGCAGAAGACGUGGUUUAUUGUUGAGUUUGAUAUGAGCAGGGAAUCAUUCACUUGUUUACAGUUUUUGGUUGUUUUCAUAAAGUUUACUCCACCCAGCUGUAUCGUGACAGUAUUUAAAUUUUACACAAAUGUUUCAGUGGGCAUUUAAGUCUGUUUUUGUUCAAAGAGAAAUUGUUGUUUAAUUCAAACAUAGGUUCAGCACAGUAUCCUGUUUAUUUAAUUGGGUAUAUAUUCAUUUAUUUGAACUUUUACCUGGAAAACUCAGAUAUUGUAAACAUUAGGCAGCCCUGCAUUGUUGUUUUUUUAUUUAAAUAAUGCUGUUGACUCAUGCACACUUUCUAAAGA